AUGCCAUUGUAAAUGACGUUUCCAAAAUUCUGUAUUCGCUUGUGUUAUUCCCAACGUUUCCCUUCAAAACAGUUUGAUAAUCUGCAAUAAUUACAUAAAUAAUUUAUCAAUUAAGGCUGCUAUAAUGGCAGAAAAAACUAAAAGUAUGAGUCACGUUAAACAUGUUCCAAAAGACGCACAGGUUAUAAUGUCUAUAAUGAAAGAUAUGGGAAUAACAGAUUAUGAGCCAAAGGUUAUAAAUCAACUACUCGAGUUCACUUACCGAUACGUUACUUGUAUACUGGAUGAUAGUAGAAUAUAUGCAAACCAUGCUAAAAAGAAAUUCAUUGAUUUGGACGAUGUCAGACUAGCUGUUAAAAUGCAACUGGAGCGUACUUUCACAAAUCCUCCUCCUAGAGAUGUAUUGCUUGAUGUAGCACGAGCCAAGAAUAAUAUUCCUUUACCAUUUGUCAAGCCAAACAAUGGUUUACGCCUUCCACCAGAUCGUUAUUGCUUAAAUGCUACCAAUUAUAAGUUGAAAAAUGCAUCAAAGAAAAUGGGUGGUAAAGCUUUGCAUUCGCUAGGACCUAAUAGUCUUACUGGUGGACAACCAAGAAUUAAAGUGGAGGGUAAUAAAGCAGGAUUAUCUAUCGUCAAGAGACCAGGAACGCUUGCCACAGUUGCUCGGACUCAAGCAAUCUCCAUACCGAAACCCGUUUUCAAAUUUUCUACAGGCACUCCAGGUGUGGCUGCAGUAAAAAAUCAAGCUGCCAAACCAAAAAUACAAAUAACAUCAGGCCAAGCAAUACCAGUAAUAAAAAUGGAAACUGAAGAUUCAAGUAAAAGGAAAAGAGAAGACGACGACUACGAUGCAGUGUAAAAAUAAAUCUGCUUCAUACUUGAACAAAUAUCAUCUCAUAUUUUUCAAAAUAACGUAUUUUCAAAUACAACCUGUAUUAUAAUUCAGAUACGUGGCGAUUAACUUAAAUAAAAAGGAAAAGAGUUAUCCACAA